AGCUAGAGACAUGCGACAUUCGUCGUACGAACAUGUUCCAAAUCGGAUAAUUCCUCCGCAUAUUCCAAUUGAUGCUAGACGUGGCGAUUUCGAUAGACGUCCUGGCCCGCCGGUUCCUUCUAUGAGAGCUGCAAUUCUUGGAGGAAGUGAUCCGUAUCACGGAUUUCAGCCGGUGGUGGACACCUAUAAUGGACCCGUAGUGGAUAAUUCGAGAAGACGUGGUUUCGAUAAGGGGCCGUUUGGAGAGGAUUUGACGACGAUGGGAAGAAAUGAAGGGAGACAGCCGUUGCUCAGACAUCCGAGACUAGACUUUGAGCACAUUGGCGGAGAAAUGGAAAUCGCGAGAAGUCGGUCUGCAUCUCCAGAAAUUCAAGUUAUCAGUGCAAGAUCUGUCCGUGAUGAUCGUAGAAGAGACAAGCCACGCCAAAGACGAUCCUCUCGAUCCCGAUCUCGUGACAGAGGUGACAAGGAUCAUCGAAAACCAGCAGCUUCUCGACGUAGUGAUCGAGAAUCAACAUAUCGUGAACGUCUCGGAUCGUCUUCAGGCCCCGCGGCGGCUCCAGAUAUUAUUCGAGAUGGAAUGGUGUGGGCCAACGAUAAUUAUUUCGAAUUUUUGAGUUUUUAUAUCGAAGUGCUCAACGAGAAGCUUCGUAGUUCUGUUGAUAGAGAUGUGAAAGGAAUUCGAGAGAUUCGAGAAGUUAUUACUCCUGCUACCGAACCCGAAAAGGACCGGAUCGUCUUGCCACCGAACUUUAAUCGUUCUGAUCGUGAACGUAUGCUUCACUGUGACACUACCAUCACCGGGCUCCCCACAGCAAUUUUCUUCGGUAGUGGAUAUGGUCCACGUGAACAUUACGCAAAAUACUCGGCCGCCAAGGAUUUCUUUGAUAAAUGUCUUAAAAUUCGAGUUAUGGAUGAUGAAUUACACGCGGCGAUUGGUGAAUGGCCGAGAUUGGAUAGAACUUUUAAAACUCAGUUUAAAGUUAACAUUUCGAAGUCUGUGAACGCUGUGAUUCUGUUGAUAAAGCGAAUGGCAAAUGAGCAACUUCCACCUGGAUUCAUGACGAUGCGUACACUUCCAAUCGAUAUUAUCGACAGAUUCAAGUUUCUUCUUCGAAUGGUCGUGGCAGACGUCUACUACCAGGGAACAGAAUCAUCGAUGGCUGUGCCAAAAGCUCUGGAGACUGGCUACAAUACUCAACCGUACCCCCCAAAUCAAUAUCCUCUUGAUACUGAUAUUCGUCGUCCAAGUGAGCGUCCAAGCAAUGGGCCGAGCGCUGAAGAAGCCGCGCGUGUGCGGGACCAGGAGAUCAAAGAGCAAGUUGCUCGAGAACUCGAGAAAAGACAAAAAGUAAUGGAGCAAGAGAUUAGAGCGAAAAUUUUGGAAGAGGAACGUGCGCGAAUUCAAGGCGAAGCUGAGAGGGAGAAAAAACUGGAAUUAAUGAAAGCAGAAGAGCAGAAAUAUCAAAAGGAGAAGGAAAUGAAGGAGUUCGAAGAGCAACAGAAGAAGGCGAUGAUGACGAAACAAGUGGAAGAUGAUUUCAAUGUGAUGGUUGAACAGCUAGAGAAAAUGUUUGUGGAGGUCCGAUCGAAGGGAUUGAAUCAUAUUCUUGAUAUGAUCUAUGGCUCGGCUACUUUUAAAACAAUCCAGUUGUAUUCAUCAACGCUUACAUCGCUCUCUUUCGAGCAGAAGCAGAAGCUUGUACAAGACUUGAGAUCUCUACUAGAUUCGGUUACGAUGGGGAUGAAGGUGGCGGCGGUGGCACAGAUGUCUCAGGCUCAGAAUCCGAUUCAAGGAGGACUGUUUCAACAUCAGCAGCAGCAGCAGCAGCCGAUGAUGAGUGGUGGUGGUGGAUUCGUUUCCGGGGUUCAGGUGGUUCCAAUGCAAGUUCCAAUGCAAUCCUACCAGAUGCCACAAAUGCAGAUUCAUCAUCAGGCAUUCCCACAGCCACAACAGUUAAACACGACUCCUUUGUUGUCGUCAUCGGUACCGAUGAGAAGGGAUGAGGUUCGACGUGUGACAGUUGGCGACAUGCGUCUUCGUAGUCUUUCCCGUUCUGAACAACGAGAUCUCCGUGUCGGAAAUAAGAUUAUUGCUCAGGAUUCCAAGACCGGAACCUGGACGCUCGCUACUGUUGUGAAGAUUCGUGAAGAUCGGGUUACGGUAUCAGUGGCAAAUGGUACUUGGAAAAAGGACAUUGAUGAUUUGUACAAGGAGGACGAUGGAAGUCUGGUAUACUGAAUUGUGGCACUUUUGUUUUGUUUCUCAUUUAUUUAAAAUUGAACUCUUCACUUUUGAUUAAACCACUUUCUAUCUUAUUUGAUAAUAAAUAUCAACGCCGUUGUGACCAAUUGUGAAGAAAGACGAGAAAAAACGAAAUCAGCUCCUUCUCUUUUAUGUGGG